AUGGCAGUGUGGAGAUCUAAGAAUUCUCUUGUCACGGCUUGGUUGAUUAAUUUGAUGGAACCAACCAUUGGGAAGCCACAUAUGUUUCUUCCAACAGCCAAGGACGUUUGGGAAGCUGAGUUAGACCUAUGCUAUGAAGACGAUUGGGAGUGCCCAAAUGACAGCAUCCGGCACAAGAAAAGGGAAGAGAGUGACCGUGUUUAUGUCUUUCUUGCAGGGCUAAAUCAAGAUUUAGAUGAGGUUAGAGGCAGGAUUUUGGGGAGAAAGCCGCUGCCAUCCAUUCGGGAAGUUUUCUCUAAAGUUAGAAGAGAAGAAAAAAGGCGGCAAGUGAUGAUUGGAAAAAAAGAAUCGGACGCAGAAAGUUCUACACUUAUGUCCAAAGGGGCCAGGGCUGAAGGAGAGGACAAGAAUAGCAAAAUGAAGCCUUGGUGUGAUCAUUGUAAACGACCAUGGCAUACUCGGGACGCAUGUUGGAAAAUCCAUGGCAAACCAAGCAAUUGGAAGAAGAAAACACCUGUAGAUAACCGUGCCUCUCAAGCCAAUGUUUCUGAAUCAAGGCCCGAAGCUACCUCUGGAAUGCCGUCGUUCACAAAUGAACAGAUAGAGCAAAUCUGUAAACUUCUCCAGUCUCAAAAUCUCAAUGAUUCAAAUCCUUCUUGUUCUCUGGUUUAG